UCUUAUCUCGCUUAAUAAUAUCCAAUAAAAUCUACUUAAACUAUUGAUUUAACGUGAUGUUAUAACUGCAUUGGCACAUUUAUUGGAAGAUUAUUAGUUUAAAAGUGCAUCGGUAAUAUAUUAUGGCAAAUCUAAAAUUAUUGUGUUGUUUUUUGGCAGUUUCUUUCGUAUCGGUAAAUACCUUCCACACUCAAAUACGACUACAAGAUUAUGAUAAUCUCAUUGAUACCUUAAAAGAACUAAUCCAUGAUAUAGAAAAGACCCUUGACCGAGCCAUAGAAGACGUUACCAAAGCUAUUAGUGAGAUAGACGACAAUUAUACUGGUUACAAAAAUAAAAUUGUUGGUGCUUGGUCAACAAUCGUUAAUAGCGUUUUUAAAAAACUCACAGAUGUUUCUAGAUCGUGUAGCAGAAGUACAUUAAACUUUUUAGAUAGCACAGAUGCUGGUAAAAAACUGGUUAAAUGUUUCGAAGACUCAAACAUUACUUCAGUACCUGUUUUAUUUGCAAACCUAACUUUAACUUGCAUCGAAGACGAUUUGAUUAAAGUAGUCAAGUCGUUAGGGCCAUUAGUAAAGCACCUUGCAGAAGUCCAAAAGAAGGCUAAAGCAGCAGCGAAUAAGAUCGAUGAUUGUGGAGAUAAUAUCACUGAUAUUGGAUGUGUUAUUCAGGUAGGUGUGGACUUGCUCGUCAUAGCAGCUGAAAUACCAGAGAUAGUAGAGUCAGAACUUGCUCCAAUUAUGGGAGAUAUCGAAAAUUUAAUAACAACAUUUCAAAAAUGUGCCAAAGAUAAUAACCAUCCCAAUGCAGCCAAAAUUCUGGGUAAUAUCGGAAACUGUGUAAGAGCGUAGAUGACUACAAUAUUCACUAGUUAAAUCUAUUUUUUAUUAGCAAAACACUUUAGACGCUACAAUAUAUGGUUUCUGUUCAAAAAUAUUUAAAACUAUAUAUAAAAAAAAUAGUUUCUGUUCAAAAGGACUUCGUCAUUUUACAGUGUCCAUUUUUCAUCUAGUAAAUAAUUUUUUCCAAUCCAUUCAGUUUAUUUCACAAUUUUUAACAAUUUUACAGUCCAGAAACUGCAACACAAUUUGUAUUUUUGCACCCAACUGAAUAAAUGACAACCGUAUCACAAAUUAUACACUUCACAUUUUUCUUCUGUUCAAAUUUAUUGAUAUUUAAAACUAGCUGAUACGAGCAAUAUAUUUUUAUCUACGUAUUAACAGUAAUCAUUGGAAAAUGUGUUUUGACGUAAAAAUUGUAUAAAAUAGAAUAUUAAUUCGUUUGAAUAUUUGAUUAAACUGUUUGCUAUACGUUGUAUAUUUUAUCUAUACAUUUAUUAUAAUUUUUAUUAAUAAAAUGAGUGUUAUUAAUA